AUGGGGAUUCAAGGCUUGAUCAGCUUCAUCGAGGCCAACAGUCAGAUCUACCGGGACGUCCAGUUCAGGGACAGCCGGCUGGUGGUGGAUGGCCGUAACCUGACCUUCUACCUGUACUACACCGUGGGUCUGGAGCAGACGUACGGCGGGGAGUAUGCUGCGUUUGCGGACCUGAUCGAAAGGUUCGUCAAAGCGCUGAGGGGCUGCGGGAUCCAGCCCUACGUGGUGCUGGACGGAGGCAGUGACCACACUGAUAAGAAGCUGGAGACCAAGAAAAAACGAUCCGAGGCACUGAUCCAAACAGCCCAUGAAAAAUCACUGGGUAGGCGGACCUGGGGAGAGAUCCUGCCCCCAAUGUGCAGCUCGCUGUUCAGACAGACCCUGGUCCGGCUGGAGGUCCCGGUGGUCCAGUGCUUCUUAGAGGCAGACCGGGAGGUCGCCGCUCUGGCAAGUGAGUGGCAGUGUCCGGUGCUCUCCAAAGACAGCGACUUCUACAUCUUUGACCUGCCGGCGGGGCUGCUGCCCAUCCCCCAUUUCCAGUGGGAGGUGGCGGAGUGGAAAGGCUACGUCCCCUGUAAGAUCUACACCGCCUGCAGCUUCUGCUCCUUCUACAACAUCCAGCGCCGCGUCCUGCCCGCCUUCGCCGCACUGGCUGGGAACGACUAUGUGAAGCUGGAAGACAUGGGGGUGACCCUCUGGCUUGAAACCCAUGAGAAAACCAGAUCAGGCUACCUGGAGGCGCUACUCCGCUGGCUGAGGGGCUUCCAGGAGCCCAUGAAGGCCCUGGAGGCGGCGCUGAAGCUGAUGGGAGAGGUGAGCAGUCAGAAAGAGGCGGAGGUCCUGCAGAGCUUGUCUGUGGGCAUGGAGGAGUACCAGCUGCCUCCCAGCGCCCUGAGCCGGUUCUUUACUGAUGGGACAGUGCCUCCCUUCCCUCCGGAGGACCAGGCUCUGGUCCCGGACUGGUUCCGCCUGCCUUUCACCGAGGGCCGGCUGGACAAAGCCAUCCUGAACGUGCUGCGGCUGAGGAGGGUCCGCCUUCCUGUCAUGGUGGAGCACAGCAGCCUGCCCAGCUCCCAUCUCACCUCCCGGCCGAUCCGCCAGGUGAUGUACGGGCUGCUGCUGGGCGAGGAGGAGGUGGAGGAGUACGACCGGGAGGGCCUCCAGCCGGCCAGCUUCAUGGUCCGGUCGGUCUGCCGAGGAGCCGCUGGGCAGCUGAGCCUGGACUCCCUGGAUAAGGUAUCUCAUUUUUACAGUCACAAUAUACUGCCACCUUCCGACUACGAACAACAACAGCAAUGCUAUUGA